CUUGCUUCAGUUUUCCGCCUCACCAACUGGCUCAGCCAUGGACGACAAGGCGUCGUUACAACCCGUCCAAAAGCCUUCCUUUCGACCACCGCUAUCCCGAACACUGUCAAAUCUGCCAGCGCCAACAGUUGCGCGCCUGAAGAAAACAACGGGGCUGGAGUCGCAUUUCCUCAAAUCCCAUGGUCGGCCCCCAUGGUAUGGCGAAGAUGGUAACCCUAUUAGUGAUGCGUUCGUCAUCGGUAUAGCUGGUGGUUCUGCAAGCGGCAAGACGCACGUUGCAAGGCAGAUAGUACAAUCUCUUGGCUCCAUUCCAACGGUGAUCAUUUUAUCGCAAGACAGCUUCUACAAGAAGCAUGAUGAAGCCGAACUAGCUCUAGCAUUUGCGAACAAGUACGAUUUUGACCAUCCUGAUGCUUUGGACAUGCAACUGUUCGCCUCCUGUCUCGAAGACCUGAAGAAGUGCAGGCAAACGCACAUCCCGGUGUACUCAUUCACAGAGCAUCAAAGACUUCCACGAAGUGAAGACCGAUAUCUGUAUGGUGCCACUGUUAUCAUCGCUGAAGGCAUAAUGGCUUUACUUGACCCUACUCUUCGUAACUUGUACGACCUCAAGGUGUUCGUCCAAUGCGACUCCGAUCUGAUGCUUGCGCGACGGAUAAGGAGAGACGUGAAGGAGCGCGGGCGAACGAUAGAUGGGGUUCUUGAUCAGUACUUGCGAUUUGUCAAGCCUGCUUAUGAUAACUUCGUGCUACCCACCUCCCGUCACGCAGAUAUUAUCGUACCUGGCUCGGAUAAUGAAGUGGCAAUCGACCUUAUCUCUACCCACAUCAGGCGGCAACUAGCGGAUCGUGCUCGGUCAUUUCGUCCACACAUGGUUCCCAGUCCCUCAUCCGCGUCUUUCGCGUCCAGUCCCAACAACGCUUUGGAAGAUAAACCCAAUUUCAUUCUCAUGAAACAGACCCCACAACUCAAGGGGAUAUACACGAUUUUGAGGGAUCGGACCACCUCUCGCCAAGAUUUUAUUUUCUUCGUCGAUCGCCUGGCUACCUACUUAGUGGAGAAGGCUAUGGAAUACCUUCCACAUAAGCCUAAGACUGUGACGACUCCCGUAGAGGUCGAAGCUCAUGGGCAGAUGAUUCAACCAUGCUGCCUUUGCGGUGUAUCAAUCCUACGAGCUGGUGGCUUGCUUGAACGUGGUUUGUCCAGGGUUAUCCCCGACGUGACUGUUGGGUCGUUACUUGUGCAGUCCGAUACGAAGACCGGCGAACCUCUGCUCCUUCAUACCAUGUUACCGGAAUGCAUUCGGAACCGGGAACGCGCCCGCGAUGCAUGGGUGUUUCUGUUGGAUGCACAGGUUGGUACAGCAGCGUCGGCCUUCAUGGCCAUUCGAGUCCUUCUCGACCACGGCGUCCAACCAGGACACAUUAUCCUGAUAACCUUCUUAGUCGCUCGUAACGGGGGCAUUCCGUUCCUACAGCGCGCCUUCCCGGAUGUGAAAAUAGUCACAGGGGCCAUUGACGACGGCCUCAGAGAGGUUUGGCUGGAUCAAACGCCUGUGGAGAGCGAUGGUCCCAAGGCAUCUUCCCAAGGUGGUCACAAAGCCUGGGUGGUUGAGCCAGGUUUGGGACAAAUGGGUGAUCGAUAUUAUUUAUCGUAGGAUACGCGACGUUCCCGCUACCGGGCCGCUGUAGUC